CAAACUUCGCCUUCCCCGCAGGAAAGUACCACCAUGCCCGUCAAAGGGGGGACCAAGUGCAUCAAAUACCUGCUGUUUGCCUUCAACUUCAUCUUCUGGUUGGCUGGAACAGCCGUCCUGGCGAUCGGAUUAUGGCUUCGAUUCGACAACCAGACCAAAACUUUGUUUGACUCUGACCAAAAUACCGGCACCUUCUAUGUUGGUGUCUACAUUCUGAUUGGUGCCGGUGCUCUCAUGAUGUUGGUUGGAUUUCUGGGAUGCUGCGGUGCAAUUCAGGAAUCAGAAUGCAUGCUGGGACUGUUUUUCGCAUUCCUUCUGGUCAUCUUUGCUAUUGAAAUUGCAGCGGGCAUCUGGGGAUUCACAAAUAAGGACAAGGUCGUUGAUGAACUAAAGACAUUUUACCGGGAAACGUAUGCAAAGUACAUACAAACCAAAGAUAGUUCCUUAAAGGAAACCCUAAAAGGGAUCCACUUUGCUUUCGAUUGUUGUGGAAAUAACGGAGUACUUGACGCAGCCCUAACGGACAUCUGCCCCAAUAAUCAAGGAAUACUCAGUGCCCUCUCUGCACGGUCCUGUCCAGCUGUCAUAGAUGAAGUUUUCACCUCCAAGUUGCAUAUAGUUGGGGCAGUAGGGAUUGGAAUUGCCGUGGUCAUGAUCUUUGGAAUGAUCUUCAGUAUGGUCCUGUGCUGCGCCAUCCGCAACAACCGAGAGAUGGUAUAACCGAAACCCACGCGGAAAAGUCCUUCCAGACGAGGGAUUGUACCAAGAAUUUUAGUGUUCCCAAGACAUUUUUUCUAAAAAACAAAAACUAAAAAAUUGCUGUGCUGUGUUUUUUGUUCAUUUUAAAGAAAACCUUUUUUUUUUUAAAAAGCUUAUGUCAGUUAUAUAAACCAAUGAUACAAUGGUACACGAUUUGUUGAUAGGUUCAGAGCAUAUAUAUAUAUAUAUAUUGUAUAACUACAGCAGUGUACUCGAUUUGUUUUUGUCUCACUUUUCUUUAUAUUGGUAAUCAAGCUGUAACUUAUGUUGAACAGAAUUUGGUACGUAUUAAAAAACAAUAAAGUUCUA